UUGCGUCCAUUACAUACUCUCAGAUGGCCGGAAGAACCAGAUGAAAAACUAUUUCAAGACGCAUUAUCACGUAAUGAUCCAAAACCAUUGAGGAGGAAUGAAAUAUUCGCUAUAGCAACAAACGAAAAAAUUCGCGAUUUAUUCAAAACAUACCCAAAUUUGAAAAAUCUUCUUAAAGAGUUAGAUAAGAUU